AUGGACCACCCCGGUCAAAGAAGUGAUACGAGAGAGUUAGAUGAGAGGCUAUCCAAGGUGAUCCUAGAGCUUAAGAAUGAUCGAGUUCUUCUCAAGCAAGAGAUAACUCAAGAUCUUCGACAAGAGAUAGCGACAAUGCGCCAAGAAUCAAAAUCUACAAAGAAAAACAUAAAAACACAAGUGGUGCAAAUGUUUCGGAUGAAGUCCGAAAGACAAUGGGGUGCAUUGCCGAGCAAAACGGAGAAUAACUCAAAAGAGAGGGUUAAUGCCAUCUCGGUCAAAAAGGAGAGCCUUGGGAGGAAAGAUGCCAUGGAUUGGUUGUGUGAGGGGUCCAAUCCUUGUGAUGUGAAUGUUAAGGAGGUUGAGGAGACCACCUCUUGUGGUUUCCUAGAGAAGGGAGAUGAGAAGACCACCUCUUGGGGUCAAGUGUUCCAAGCUACGGAGACCACCUCUUGUGGUCUUGAAAGCAAAAAGAAGGGGGGGAUCACCUCUCGUGAUCUCAAGGCUAAAAAGAAUGAGAAGCGAAAAUUGUUGGAAAAUGAUGAGGAAAUUGAGGAGUAUGCAUGUGUAGGUAAAGAGAUUUCGGCUUUGAUCUCUACGGGGUGCCCCAUCAAAAAGGGUGACCCUGGAGCUUUUGUUGUUCUAUGUGCCAUCAAGGAUAUGGAAUUCAACAAGGCUCUAGCCGAUCUCAGAGCCUCAAUCAAUCUAAUGUCAACUUGUGUCUUUGAUGAAUUGAAAUUGCCUUACUUGAACCCGACUCGACUCACACUUCGUUUAGCCGAUGGGACUAUCUGGUAUCCCAAGGGCAUAGAAGAGGAUGUCUUGGUAAAAGUCAGUGAAUUUGUGGUGCCUGUUGAUUUUGUAGUAUGUGACAUGGGCAAUGUGGAUUCAAUUGGCCCAUUGAUUCUUGGGAGGCCAUUUUUGGUUAUGUGUCGUGCCAUCAUUGAUGUUGGCACGGGCGAAAUCACUCUCCGGUUUGAUGUGAAUAAAGCUAAGGUCGACAUGGCUACAAGUGCGAAAGAUGGGGUGUGCAAUUCAAAGCAAUUGGUUAAGGUGAAAAUUGAAACCAAGCCUAUAUGGGAAAUAGAGAAAAUGGUUUUGAAAAACACUUGA